CCUGGCCCCACCAGAUGUCUGCCAUGCUGACUGGGCAGGAAGGACUGGAUGAGGUGGCCAAGAAAGGAGUAUUCAGAGCAACCACACAGGGCUGUGCAGACUGUGCCCAGUACCCGGGUGAUUCGCCACAAAGAUGAGAGAGACUGGAAAUCCAUCCCAAGCCCAGUUCACCAGAGACUGUGCCCUGGUGUAGGGCGGCAUCACCCAGAGAGAGGGCCACUCUUCCAGCAUUCACAAGGAUGUCAUGUGGUCCCUCCACAAAGGCUCAUGAAGGCACCUUGUGGACCGGUGGUGAGCCUAGGCCUGAAGACACAUCUGAUUGGCAAAAUGAAGGACCGGCUGGCCGAAUUUCUGGAGGCAACCAAGAACUAUGACCAGCAGUUCCCAGACGGGGACAAUGAAUAUGACCCGCCCCAUGAGGACAUCAUGUUCGAGACGGACCACAUCCUGGAGUCCCUGUACCGAGACAUCCAGGACCUUCAGGAUGAAAACCAGCAGCUGAUGACCGACGUGAAGCGGCUGGGGAAGCAGAACGCCCGCUUCCUCACGUCCAUGCGGCGCCUCAGCAGCAUCAAGCGGGACACCAACUCGAUCGCCAAGGACAUCAAGGCCCGGGGCGAGAACAUCCACCGCAAGCUGUGCGCCAUGAAGGCCCUGAGCGAGAAGGCCGAGGCCCAGCACGGCGCGCACUCGGCGGUGGCGCGCAUCGCGCGCGCGCACUACAGCGCGCUCACGCGCACCUUCCAGCGCGCCAUGUACGAGUACAACCAGGCGGAGAUGAUGCAGCGCGACAACUGCAAGAUCCGCAUCCAGCGCCAGCUGGAGAUCAUGGGCAAGGACGUCUCCGGCGACCAGAUCGAGGACAUGUUCGAGCAGGGCAAGUGGGACGUGUUCUCCGAGAACUUGCUGGCCGACGUGAAAGGCGCGCGGGCGGCGCUCAACGAGAUUGAGAGUCGCCACCGCGAGCUGCUGCGGCUGGAGAGCCGCAUCCGCGACGUGCAUGAGCUCUUCUUGCAGAUGGCGGUGCUGGUGGAGGAGCAGGCCGACACCCUGAACGUCAUCGAGCUCAACGUGCUGAAGACCCUCGACUACACCGGCCAGGCCAAGGUGCAGGUGGGCAAGGCCGUGCAAUACACGAGGAAAAACCCCUGCAGGACCCUCUGCUGCCCCUGCCUCAACUAGCAGCUUGGCCGCGGCCACCACCCCACACCCCUGACGGAAAUGGCUGGGAAGCACACUGCGGAAGAUGUGGGGGCCCUGUGCACCGGGGUGAGUUGCCCCCAUCCCUAUGGACUUCUGUCCUCAGAGAAAGAAACAUCUUGAGGUGCGAGAAUUCCAACCCAGCUUGUGUUUGGGAGGAUGGCUGAUGUCAUCCAGUGUUACCUGAGCAAGGCAGAUCCCUGCUGAAGUGGGUGAGGUCGUUGUAUGGCACAUGGCACCCUUUUCCUCUUAACGGAAGCCAAAUAAGGAACUGACGUUGCAGCUUAACUGUAGGCUAAAUGUCCAAGGCGUGCUUUCUGACGAAACUCUAGAAGGAGGUCGGUUCUGCGUCGGCUGAUGAUGGCAUGAACUUACCUUAUCCUGAAAGCCGCUUCGUUCUGUUCAGUUUCACAGGACAUCGAUGGGCAAAACUGUACGUCUUUCAUUUUGAUUCUUCCUCUGGCUUAUCCUGUGUGAUUCCUGCCUAGCUGUAUAUCUUCUUUCUGUCCACCUUCCCCACUUAUUAGAAUCAUAUUUAACACUCAUGAUUCCCUUAUCUUUUUCACUUUUAAUAUCUCCCAUCAGGAUAUAUUUUGGAUUUUUUCCAAAUACGAUUAAGCACUGAGUUUUGAACAAGCACUCGAAUGGAAGUAUGUAUCACUCACAUUUUAUAUAUUUUUCAUAAAUAAUUUAAAACUUAUCUUUUUACUUGAUAAUACAAAUACACAUAAGUAUAUAAAUGUACAGGACUAAUAUUAAUGCAUGUACAUAAUGACCAGUUGGUUUAACUUGACUUUUGUAAAUAUGGUCUAUAAAUAUCAAGAGCAACACUUUUACUGGUCGUUGGUACUGGUUUGCUUGUUUUCACUUUUCCUGAAUCCCAUCUCUAGAGUAUAGUUUCAGUCACAAUUUUCUUUUGAACCCCUCUGUGUUGGUUAUGGUGGUAGAGACAGGCAUCAAAGGCUAAAAUGCAUGCAGAACUACAGAUGAUAAAAGAACAUUUUAGAAAUAUUACUUUUGUUUUACUGUGACCAUUCCUUUUGUGUACUGAAAUGGAGUAAUUUUUAAAAAAUAAAAUAAUAAUUUUUUUCAAUUUAGUUUAAUAAACAUUGCAUUAUAAUGUC